AUGAAGUGCACUCUUCUCAUUGCUAGCGUCGCGACGGCGAUUACGGUCGCGAAGGCCAUCCCGUUCUUGGGAGGCGUCAACACUGCCGGAUAUGACUUCUCGGUCUACACCGAUGGGUCGUUUGAGGGCCCGGGUACCGACCCUCCAUCGUGGCAGUACCAGCACUUCGCCGACGAGGGCGUCAACAUCUUUCGCAUCCCCUUCGCAUGGCAGCUCAUGACCCCGACCGUCGGCAGCUCUAUCGACGAGGGUUUCUUUCAGCGGUAUGACGCUACCGUGCAGUCCGCCUUGAGUGCGUCGACUUCGCCGUAUGUGAUCCUCGACCUUCACAACUACGCCCGCUUCAACAACGCCAUCGUCGGUCAAGGCGGCCCUGCCAACGAGGACCUCGCCAGCCUCUGGUCCCAGAUCGCGCAGCGCUACGCUGACAAUGAGAAAAUCAUUUUCGGCAUCAUGAACGAGCCGCACGACCUCAACUCCGUCCCAGACUGGGUCGACACAGUGCAGGUCGUCGUCAACGCAAUCCGUGAGGCAGGCGCAACGUCGCAGUACAUCCUCAUCCCAGGCUCGUCUUGGUCCAGCGCCGCCGCCCUGCCUACGGAGGCCGGCCCUCUCCUGGUCGAUGUCGAGGACCCGGCAAGCGAGGACAAGAGCCUUCUCAUCUUCGAUGUCCACAAGUACCUCGACUCCGACAACAGCGGUACCCACGACGACUGCGUCACCAACAACAUCGACACCUUCCAGGCGCUCGUCGACUUCUUGAAGCAGAACGGCAACCGCCAGGCGCUUCUGUCCGAGUCGGGCGGCGGGAACACGGAUAGUUGCAAACAGCUCUUCAAGGAGCAGCUCGCGUUCAUCAAGGAGAACUCGGACACGCUCGUCGGCUUCACGGCCUGGUCUGCGGGUGCCUUCGACUCGACGUACAUCUUGACACUGACACCGAACGACGAUGGUACCGACCAGCCUCUGUGGACUGAGGCAGUGGUCCCGAACCUUCCGGAUGCUUGA